ACGUAAAGAUGGCGCUAGGAAGCCGCGAACUGCGAAAACGAAAUGGAGAACGCAGAUAUUUUCGUUUAUUUAUAAAAUAAUGGCGACGAUUCGUAAGGAAUUUUCAUUGGGAGCCAUCGUCCGGAUAAAAUGCGAGAACUUUUUAACUUACGAUUCAGUUGAGCUGAUACCGGGACCUCAGCUAAAUCUCAUCAUUGGACCAAAUGGCACAGGAAAGUCUACUCUCGUCUGUCUGAUAUGUCUUGGACUGGGAGGUAAACCAAACAUCAUAGGCCGUGCCGGGCAGAUAUCAGACUAUAUCAAACAUGGAAAUAACAAGGCAAUGACGGAGAUAGAAUUAUACAACAACAAGGGAGAAAAUUGGAUUGUGAACAGAGAAAUAUUCCCCGAUAACACUUCAACUUGGAUGUUGAACAAACAGUCGUCAUCUCAGAAAGCGAUAGAAAGGCUGACUAAUGAACUAAACAUUCAGAUUGGAAACUUAUGCCAGUUCUUACCUCAAGACCGUGUUUGCGAGUUUGCGAGAAUGUCACAGCAGGAUCUCUUAAUCAAUACAGAAAAGGCGGUGGGGACUCUGGAGAUGCUUGAAUAUCAUCUGCAGCUGAAGAAACUGAGAACAGAAGUUCGUGAUUUAGAGAAUUCCAAGGAAAGUGGGACAAGCCAUCUCGAGAAAGAAAGACAGACGCUUAUUCACAUCGAGAAAGAGCGAGAAAACUUUGAAGAACGUCAGAGACACCUCGAAGAAGUGGCAGUUUUAAAACAGAAGAGGGCUUGGGUGGAAUACAACGAAGUUCGUAGGGUUUUCUGUGCUAAGAAACAAGAAAAGAAUAAACUCUCAGACAAAUUAAAAGCUUUAAAAAAUUCCAAUCAGCCUUUAGAAAAAAAACUUCAGGAAUUAAGAAACAGUUUCUCUAAAUUAGAGGAGGAAAUGAAAGAAAUUGGUUUGAAAAUAAGGAAUCAAGGUGUGAGUGUUACUAAUGUUACAAGAGUAAUACAAUCAUAUAAAGAUAAGAUAACCGAAUGCAACAAUGAAUUAGCUGCUAAACAACAGGAUGAAAUGCAAAGAUUAGCCAGACUCCACACAAUGAAACAACAAUUAGAAGGAAUGAAGAAUGAGUUAGCCUCCAUCAUGCAGAACAGUCGCGACAUCGAGCCAUUACUAAAGGAAGUCAAUAUAAACCAACAAAAAGUAUCUCAAGAACUGUUAAGGGUACAGAAUGAGAAAGAUAAUUGUAGGUCCUCAAUUCAGAAGAAGGAUGGAGAAAUUAAAACUUUACAACGAGAUCUGCAGAGAAAUCAAGACGUGGCCCAAAUUAAAUUUAAUAUUCUUCGUCAGAGGCACAACGCCGCCUACGAGGCUUCUGUGUGGCUUCGGAAAAAUAAGAACCAAUUCAAAAAACCUGUCUAUGAUCCAAUAAUGACACAGAUUAACGUAAUAGAUCAGCAGAAUGCCAAGUACGUCGAAAUGCACAUUCCAUUUAACGAUCUGGCAGCCUUCGUGUUCGAAGAUAAGGACGACCUAAAAGUUUUUAUGGAUAUCGUUCGAGACAAUCUCAAAUAUAAGAUAAGUGCCGUACUCGCGCCGUCCGUUCCCCUAGAAAACUUCGUACCCUCCAAACCCAUCGAAUAUUAUAGAAAAUGGGGAUUUCAUAGUUAUUUGAAAGAUUUAUUCACUGCUCCCAAUGCCAUCAUGAGAUACUUGUGCACGAUGUACAAAAUUCACGAAAUUCCUGUUGGUAAUAAAUAUACCCAGGAUAAUAUAGAACAAGUUUUAAAUGAUGUUAAAUUUCGCAGAUUUUAUACAGAUUAUUAUAUGUAUUCUAUUAAAUAUUCUCGUUACGAUCCAAAUGUCAAAUCAGUUCUGAGUACGGAAGUCAGGAAACCGACGCUGUUGACUGUAUCCACCGACAUGGCUUUGCACCAGGAGUUGACAUCUAAACUUCAGAUGAAGCAACAACAAAUUGAGCAAGAUAAUAUCGUUUUUAAUAAAUUACAUCAAGAAGAGCAGCAGCUCUAUGUAGAACAGGAUAAAUUACGAAAGGAGAAGAAAGAAUUAAUAGUCGAAAGAGACAAAACAAAAACUUUAAUGAUGAAAAUUAGUGAGAAAACGGAGCGUAUUCAACACAGUGAGAGAGAUGCGAUCAACAUUGAAGAGGAGACAGCAAAAGCUACCAGUCAGAUAUUAACUAUUAACAAAAAGAGAUGUGCUGCUCUUCAAGAUUUAAACAGCCAUUCAAAGCAACGCAUCAAAUUGGCCAUGAAUAAAAUUCGCGUUAGUCUCCAUUACUCUCAGACGCUUGCCGAUAAACUGAAAGCUGAAAGAGAAUUGCAUGAAGCCAGCCAGAAUCUACAGAGUUUGGAGGAAGAGUUGGAAGUCACGAAAAGGGCCGUUAUGGAAAUAAGAAACAGUGCAGAACAUCUCUUAAAAAAGGCAAGAGAGAUCACCGGUGUCGAUGGCAAUGGAGAACUGCCAGAAAAAUGUAAAGAACAAUUUAAUCGGCUACCGAAAACAUUAGACGAAAUAGACAAUCAAAUUCAUGAGAAACAAGCUAAGGCGGAUUGCAUUUUUGAGAAAGACAAAAGCGUCGUUCAUCAGUAUCGGCAGAAACGCAACUACAUCAAUCAACUGGAGAAGGACUUGACUGAAAAACAGUACAAACUAGAUCAGCUGAAGGACAAAAUAGAAGAAAUUAAGAAGUGUUGGCUUCCUCAUUUGGAAGAUUUGAUAAAUAGAAUAAACAAUAACUUCAGUCGUUUCAUGUCUAUGAUGCAUUGUGCAGGUGAAAUUAGUCUGAACAAGAGUGAAAACCAGGAUGAUUUCGAAAAGUACGGGAUAUGCAUCAAGGUGAAAUAUCGAGACAGCGAACAGUUAAAAGAACUGACACCAUAUCAGCAGAGUGGAGGCGAACGCAGCGUGGCCACUGUACUGUACAUGAUAUCCCUUCAGGAGCUGACCAAGGUGCCAUUUAGGUGUGUGGAUGAAAUCAACCAGGUGGGAACAGUUUGGUUUUGUGAUGAAAUCAUAUUAAUUUGCCAAAAAUUAAAAAAGAAUCAUCUGCUUAUUCAGGGUAUGGAUUCGACCAAUGAGAGGAAAGUUUUUGAACUCGUGGUAAAAACUGCCUGCCAAGAAAACAGUUCUCAGUAUUUCCUUUUAACACCCAAGCUGUUACCAGACUUGGAAUUUUCAGAAAACAUGACAGUUCUUCUGAUUCACAAUGGACCGAAACUUAUCAGUCACACGAAGUGGAACCUGCAAAAAUUUAUUAGAAGACGUCACAGAUUGGCAAUUUAAAAUAUUCUAUCGAUAGCGUUGGUUUCAAAAGUGCUUUUCCGGCCUUAAAGGGAGGGCACCGUACAUUGUAUAUUUAUUUUUUUAAACAUGUUCAAAUGUAUAUUUAGUAUUUCUGAUAAGCGUGUAUUAAAAAACAAAAACAAUCGGCACAAUACUGUCUACGGAACUUGCGUCAUAUAUCAUCACUUACGUGUGUUGUUGAUCUAGUCGACUCCGUUACUGCAGAAGCAUUGUUGUUUGUUUUUUUCCAAGGUUCGUACUAAGACAGCGUUCACCUUUGCCUUAUAACAGAAUAAAACCUGUUGAAAAAAACAAUAUUUUUAACAAUUAUACGGACAAUAUACGAAAAUAUAUUCGUUGAAGCUACGACAUUCCUAAACCGCAGUUGUGUUUAUAUAUACAGUUUAUUCGAUUUCUUAUACAGUUAUGACGUGUACCAAGUUUUAAAAAAAAGAAACGUUUUUACAAUGGAAACAUUUUGUAUUUUUCAUUUAUUA